AUGGCGGCGGCCGAUGUCGACGUCGGUUACAUCGCGGGCCACCUGGGCCUCGACCAGCCUGUGGUGGCGGCUCUGACGACGCAGCCUACAGUCGAUCUUGUCGCUACUCUGCUCAAGGCCGUAGCUGCCAAGGCACACGAGUUCGAGACGCUGUAUGCCGAGAAGCUGCAGACCGAUAUUGAAUUGGAGAAUGCCGUUCGAAACUCCGAGACCAAGUCCCAGACCUUCAAGGCUACCGCCGAAAAGGCCCUCAAAGAGGUGGAGGAAGCCCGACAGCGCCUCAAAGAGGAGGAAACGAAACGGCAGUCACUGGAGAACGAGCUCCAAAGUCUCAAGGCCAAGUAUUCCGAUUACGAUGCCGACGUCAAGGCUCUUAACGACAAGAUCGAGACCCUACAGUCCUCGAACCGAACAAACCUCAGCAUUAUUGAAUCCCAUAACAAACGCGACCAGACCUUGACCGAGGAGCUUACCAAGCAGCAUCAGCGAAAUGUCGAGCUCGCCAGAGAGGUUACGACCCUGCAGCAGUCGGAGCAGAACGCCAAGGGGCAACUCAACAGCGCCAAAUUCCGACAGGAGGCACUCCAGCAGCAGCUUGAUCUGGCUCGUCAAAAUGCCGAGUGGCUCGAGGCCGAGCUCAAGACCAAGAGCGACGAAGCCCUCAAAUACCGGAAAGAAAAGGGCGCCAAGAUUGCCGAACUUCAGAGACAAAACGAAGAUGCCAAGGCUCAGAUUGAUUCUCUGAAGCGUUCUGAGCAGCAGUUGCGCGAACGCCUGGAUGCUAUGCAAUCCAAGGCAGACGAUGCCCUUGUCAAGUUGCAGAAGCAGGAGGGCUCCUUUGCAGCGACCGUAGAGAGCUACAAGCAGGAACUGGAAGACCAGAGACGGCUUGUUGAGAUGUCUGAGCAACUAAGCAAGAAACAUCAGGAACGCGUACGGGAGUUGGAGUCCGAGAAGGAGCGUCUCAAAGACAGCUACGAGAACGAACUUCGCCGCGUGCGUCUGGAGCUCGAAUCCGAACGUCGCGUCACCACCGAGAUGGAAGAGCGGAUUCGACGGCUGGAGGGCGAGCUGGACGAAGCACACGUCCGCAUAGAGCACGCUGCUCCUGCAUCAUCUGCACCACAGACUCCCCGAUUGAAUGGCUCAACCUUCGGCCGGGCCAACUCCCCCUUUGGAACGCCUGGUUCUGCGCGAAACAAGUCGACCAUCACCGCCACGCAGGCAAUUGAGCAGCUUUACCAGGUCAAGGGCCAGCUUGCCAGCGAGAAACGGCGGAACCAGCAGCUUGCCGAAGAGCUCGAUGGCAUGAUCGCCGCCUUGGAAGCCAAAACACCAGAGAUCCAGGAGCUUCAGUCCGAGGCCGAAACUCUCCGGAACGAGAUCGCUCACAUGUCUGAACUGUCGCAGCAGAGCUUCGAAGAGCGCGACGCGGCACGAAAGGCAGCCAGGAAAGCCGAAAGCGCUCUCGCUACAGCCCAAUCCGAGAGCAAGAUCUUACGCACACAGCUGCGAGACUUGGGCACUCAGAUCCAGAUGCUCGUCUUCAACAUCUAUGCACUGGAAAAGGGCGUCGACCAGUUGACUGAGGAAGAAAAGUAUCGCCUGCAGCAGCUCGAGAAGGGCGAAAUCACCGAGGAGGCUCUGUCUGAUAUGUCUGAUACUCACCAGUUUAUCACCCAGAAGUUGGUGGUUUUCAAGGACAUCAAGGCGCUACAGGCCAAGAACGAGGAUCUCCUGCGCAUCACGCGUGAACUCGCCGAGCAGAUGGAGAGUGAGGAGGCGUUGGCAGCGAAGCACCAGGCCAAGGAGGAUCACGACAUGGUUGAGAAGCUCCAGCAGGAUCUCACCCAUAUGAUGGAGGAGAUCAAAUCCGCAAAGAUCACUAUGGAGAGCUACAAGAUGGAGCGCGACAUGUUCCGGCGUCUUCUUCAGCAACGCGGCGCGGGCGAGGAUCCAUCUUCCUUUAUGCGCCACUCUCUCGAUGGCCGACUACCCAUGGCCAGCAUAGAGUCUGCAGAGCAGACGGAGACUCUGACGGAAGCCCUGCGCAAGAUACAGGCGGAAUACGACAGCUUCAGAGACGCCCAGGACGGUGUGCGGAGGGAUUUCAGACAGCAAAUCGAUCACCUAACUGCGGAGAAGAACGCGCUUCAGACCGCAAACAUUAAGCUACAGGGCGAGGUCAGGCUGGAAGCCGAACGAAGAGAGAUGCUGCAGAGCAACUAUCAGGCACUCCAGAACGAAAACAGCGAGCUCCAAAAGAGGACACAGAUUCUUUCCGAGACGGCUGCCAAGCAAGACAUUAGGACUCAGCAAGUCGCAGAAGAGCUCAUCGAGGUCAAGGGCCUCUUGGACAGCAUGCGCAACGAGACGGCCAACCUCAAGGCGGAAAAGAAGCUCUGGAAGGACAUUCAAGAGCGCAUGAGCAAGGACAACGACACAUUGAUCGAAGAGAAGAACAGACUGGGCAACCUCUUGACGGCCCAGCAGUCGCUGGAAAACGAACGCAACAUUACCGAGUCCGAGAACCGCCGCAAAGCUCAAGCCAAGAUCGAGGCUUUGGAGCUUGAGCUCGGCACGGUGCAGAAGAAACUCUCUCAGGCCAUAGAAGAUACUCAGCAUCUCCAGCAGCGGAAGGAGUUUGAAGCCAAGGAAUCCCAGAAGAGGAUUGACGAUCUCAUGGCCAGCUUGAGUCAACUCCGAGAGGAGCACGUCAGCGUCAAGACGUCCCGUGAUCAUCUCCAAGCCCGUGUGGACGAGCUGACCGUGGAGUUGAGAAGCGCCGAGGAGCGUGCCGGACGCCUGCAGCCCCGUCCUACGCCCCGACCGGGUCUCGUGACAGACAACAACGUGCGCCAGCAGGAGCUCGAGGCUGAGGUCCAGGAUCUCAAUAACGACAUCUCAGAUCUCAAGCGGGAUCUCGAUAUGGCCAACACACAGUUGGAAAAUGCAAAGGCCCAGGCCGAGCAAUACAAGGAGCUGAGCCAGAGCAAUGAAGAAGCAUUGGAAGACUUGCGGGCUUCACAGGAGCAGUAUCGCCAGGAGAUUGAGGUUCUCAUUCAGGAGAAGGACGCGAAGAUCAAGGAGCUGGGUCAGCAGAUUGAAGACUUGUCUGCUGAACUGUCACGGUCGAAUACCGAACUCUCUACGAUCCGGGAUUCGCAAGGGGAGAUUGCACGCAAGUACGAAGACGAGAAGGCGAUUCUGGAGGAGGAGAUCAAGCGGCUCAAGGAAGAGAGCAACCGCCACAUUGAGGCUGCUCGGUACCAUCAGCAGGAUCUUCGUGCGCAAGCUGAGAUUGCCUCAAAAGCUCAGCAGGACUACGAAAAGGAGCUUGUCAAGCAUGCCGAAGCUGCCAAGCUGGUGCAGGAAUUACGCCACGAGUACAAUGAGCUCAAGCGUGAGUCAGCAUCGCUGCGCGCCGAAGCGGAAUCUGCCAAGGUCGCGCUCGCUCAAAGUGAGAGCUCGUGGGAAGACCGACGACAGCAGCUUGAGCAGGAGAUGGCCGAACUCAAGCAAAGACGCGAGGAUGCCAACGCUCAGAACAAGCUGUUACAUCAGCAAUUGGAGAGCUUGACCGCCCAGAUCGCAGCUAUGCAGCAAAACCGCAACAAGAUUGCUGACGCAGACGAAGCCAUGUCCUCUGUGGGAGUGACCGAUGCCAUUGAGGGCAUGCGAGAGCUGAAUGGAUACCUGCGUCGCGAAAAGGAGAUUCUGGAGGUUCAAUACGACAUGAAGACGAACGAAGCGAAGCGUUUGCAGCAACAAGUCGAAUACCUGCAGUCGCAGCUGGACGAGACACGUUUGAAGCUCGAUCAGGAGCGUCAGGCUUCUCAGAGCGGCAACACUUCAAUGGCCCAUAAGGAUCUUAUGGAGAAGUUGCAUGAGCUCAACCUCUAUCGCGAAAGCAGCAUGGCCCUUCGUACUGAGAACAACCAGCUCAAGGAUCAAAUUACUGAGAAGAACAAGAAGAUUGACGAGAUGACGCAGAAGAUCCAGCCGCUUGAGGCUGAGAUUGACAACCUCAAGACGCAAAAGUCAUUCUUGGAAGAGGAGAUCAAGCAGAUCCAGGAAGAUCGCGAUCGCUGGCAGAAGAGGACCGAGGGCAUCUUGACGAAGUAUGGUCGCGUUGACCCGGCCGAGAUGGAGCAGCUGAAGCAGACGAUCGCCGACCUCCAAGCGGAGCGGGAUGCUCUCAAGGCAGGCGAACAGCCGCUACAGGCGAAGGUUGCCGAACUCGAGUCAAUCCUAGAGACGGAACGGGCCAACUGGUCGAAUACCCGAGCCAAACUGACCGAGCAGUUCAAGGACCGAUCUCGAAAACUCACUGGCGAGAGGAACGAAGCUAGUCAGCGGGCUAACAGCCUGCAAGAGCAGCUCGACAAGGUGAAUGGCGUCCUUGCUGGGACGCAGAAGCAAGUGGAGCAGUUCGGCGAGGAGAAGACAGAGCUGUUGCGGCAAGUGCAAAGCUUCCAGCAGCAGGUUGAGGAGCUUCGCCGACACUCUCAGCAAACGCAACCUUUGGCCGCACACUCAGCCGCCCAGCAGUCGCACUCUGACGCCUCUGCAUCAGCAGAAGUUGUUGCUGCCCUCGAGGAGCGUCUCGCCAAUGCCCAAAAAGAGCUGGAAGCCGUCAACGCCCAGAAGCUGGGAGCCGAGCAGCAGCUGGAGAGGCUCCGGAGCGAGCUACAGACUGCUACUUCAGAGCGUGAUAGCGCGUUGCAGAAGCUUCAAGAAGCCACUGCUGCAGGACAGCCUUCUUCCGCUGGUGCCACAUCUGCUGCAGCCCCCGAGGUCGGAGAGGGUCAACCUGCUGCCAAUGGCCUAUCCAAUGCUGAGAGGAAAGCCCUGGAGGACAGGGUUGCUGCAGCCGAGGCCAAGGCGGCCGAAUUCGAAAAGAAGGCCAAUGAAGUUGAGGCCAAGAUUCAGCAAACGAUCAAGGAGCGGUCCGAUAGGAUGAAGGACACGUUGAACAACAAACUCAAGGAAAGCCGCGCCAAGCUGGAAGAGGAGUUCAAGAGGAAGGACGAGGACCUCAAGCUCCGAUUCGAGCAGGAGAAGUUGAUCUGGCAAGCCGAGAAUGGCCCCAAGACUGCUUCCACGAAGGAAGCCCCCGCUGCCGAGCAGCAGCCACGCACGCCAGCCAAGGCCGAGGAACCGUCAACGCCGGCCGCUACAACUUCUGGCGGGCCUCCCGACCUCUCCCAGCUCGACGACUCAGCCAUUCGACAGUUCUUGUCGACCAACGCGACGGUCAAGAACAUCAUCGCCGCCAACGUCCGUAAGAAGAUGGAUGCAGAGAGUGCCAAGAUCAAGUCAGAGUACGAAAGCAAAAUCACGGCAGCACGCGAGCAAGCGCAGCUCAUGGAAUCGAAGAAGUCUACACUACGCAUCAAUAUGGCGGAGAACAAGCUUAGGACUGCAACCGCGAAAUUGGGCGUGGUUGAGACGGCGGCAAAGGAGACGCCGCAAAAGCCAGUGGUGGAGGUCUGGGAGAUUGCCAAGUCGACUCAAGCCCCUCCUCCUCCUCCAGCAGCAACAGCAGCGAAGCCGCCGGCCCCAGCCUCGACUGCUGGAACGCCAGCAAAGCCGCCAACGACUGGCACCAUCCCAUCGAACCCACAGGCUGUUCCUCCAGCUGCAGCUCCGGCUGCCCAACCUGUCGCCAACGGCCCCGGGUCUGCGGUUGCUCCAGCACAGGCUGCUACCCAACCUCCCUCAGAGCCCAAGGCUGCAGACACAGCUGCGCCGACUGCCAGCGGCAUCCCGCCCCCCCAAGUUACGAACCCGUUCGCGUUGCCGCAGCCGCCGAACCUACCACAGCUGCCACCGCAGCCCCAGCAGCAGGGCCAGAUGCCAGUCAGAUCGGGGAUCCCAAUGCCUCGUGGCGGCGGUCGUGGACGGGGCGGAGCAUACGUGCCUCCUAGCCAACGUGGAGCAGGCGGCAAUGAAGGUGGACAGGGCCAUGCUGGCCGUGGCGGACGCGGAGGUGCCCGUGGAGGCCGCGGAGGCAUGAAUGCUUCGGCCGCCGAGUUUCAACCCGGAGCGAAGCGACCAAGAGGCGACUCGGAAGCCGCCGGUGCUGGAGCCAAAAGGGCCAGAGGAGCUCACUAA